AUGAGUAGCAAGGACUCCAAGCACAGCAAGCAUAUUUACAUAGGCCAUCCUUCGACCGCCGCGUCGAUCCCACGACCUCCACCACUCCCGCCUCCAAGACCGCUGCAGAGAGCGAGAGAUGCCGCAUCCAGGUUCCUAGGAUACUCGUCGAGAUCCACGAGUCCGCAUCAUGACAAUGUCGAUGAUAGACUCUCGCUCAACAGCAUUCAGUUCACUCGAUCUGCUUCACUCGGAGCGACACAGAAUGCGACUGCCAGUCACAGGACGGGACUGGAGAUCCGGACCAUCAGCAUCAAUGACACUGGAACUCAUGCACUCAUUGCUGGCAAGGAGAUCUUCAAGACUGUCAAGAUCGAGGAUGGAACUUGUGCCGAAGACUUCAACCUGAGGACAGCCAUUCGUAGUACUCCGAAUCAUGCUUCGGGAAAGCCGCGGCAGAUUUACUCGAUUGACAUUGCCGAUGUGGCCUGGGCAAAAGGCGAUAGCGGUAACUAUAUCGCGGCGGCGACGUCGAGCGGGAAGAUCAUCCUCUAUGAUCUUGGCCAUGCUGGGUUGCAGGCGGCCCAACUUCACGAGCACUUCCGGCAGGUGCACAACAUCACUUUCAAUCCACACAAGGGAAGUCUGCUGCUCUCGGGAAGUUUGGACGGUACAGUCAGGCUAUGGGACGUGCGAGAUGUACGGACUCAGGCGAAUGCUAUUCAAAGCAAGCGGAAAUUUUCCGGUCAGAGUGAUGGUGUUCGAGAUGUAAAAUGGUCGCCCACUGAUGGUGUCGACUUUGCCUUCGGCACUGAUAAUGGCGAGAUCCAGCGAUGGGAUAUGAGGAAUCUCAAGUCCGCUAAAGUGAGGAUCCCAGCGCAUAGCCUGUCUUGCAACACGAUUGAUUGGCACCCGGAUGGAAAGCAUAUCGUCAGUGCCGGCUCGGACAAGAUUUUGCGAGUGUUUGAUGUUUCAGCCAAUCGACCGCGGAAAGCUGCGUGGGAGAUUAAGACUCCGUAUCCAGCGAUGAACGCCAGGUGGCGACCCUCUUGCCGCUCUGCCAUGCAGCACGAUAAUGGUGCACGACUCUGCACACAGAUUGUCACCGCGUACGAUCGUGAGCAUCCCGUAAUGCACAUCUGGGACUUUCGCCGACCACUACUGCCAUUCCGAGAGAUACAGCCCUACGCAUCAGCACCCACAGAUAUGCUGUGGCAUUCGCAGGAUCUGCUCUGGACUGUUGGGCGUGAAGGCACGUUACUGCAGACCGACAUACAGCACAGCGCAAAAGUCAUCGACAGGUACAACCUGCAGGCCUUUGAUGUCUCGCCGUUGGGCGAGGUCUCUAUCGUGACGCAAGGAAGGAAAGUGCGUCGUGUGCCCAAGCAGAUUCCUUCGUUCACAAAUGGCAGUCUCGGAAGCAGUCCGGAGAAGAACUAUGGUCUGAGUAGGAGCUGGGCGGAUGACAGCAUUGAUCAUGCGUUUCUCAGCAUACUACCACUUAAAGGUCAAAACCGAUCAAGCAGUACAAGCCGCGCUCACGCCGCAAGCAAUACUUCAACGUCAAGCCAGAGUCAGACCGCAACGCUCAAACUCGAUGAGAUCCUGCUCAAUCGCAAGUCAUAUCGGCCUCAGCAAGUCGCUUGUCGUGGACUGCUGCCCGGCCAUAACAGUCAUCAGUAUGUUGCUUGGAUGGCCGAGCGGUGCAAAACAUCCAUCGAAGCAGCUUCCAACGACGAAGAUGUACGGCGAGCAGCUCGCGAAACUUUCCAGGCAAACGCAGGUCAUGCGUUAUCUGCUGGCUUCUGGUCCUUGUCUCAGACGUGGAAAAUUGUUGGCUUGAUGACCGACAACCAUCUUCGAGAUCGCGCCGCGCUGAAGCGAAAACGGGCUUCUGCAAAGGCGCCGCAACAGAUCGACGAGGCGCUGAUGAACCUAUCGACGUCAAUGGACAGGCUCGCAAGGACGAUCGCAGCGCAGCACGCGAAGUCUGAGGCAGCAUCUCCGAACAGUCUGCGUCCAGUCUCGACGAUUGCACAACAGCUUGCGGUCCCUGAAAGUACAUCCAAUGUACCUACACCGCUUGCGAGAGCCUCGAGCCCUAGCCAGGAUCCUGGUUCUCACCACCGUGUGCAGCUGCCUGAGUUCGAAAAGGACGACAAGCUUGCCUUGCCUCCUUCAUUGACCAGGACACACUCUCCGCCGAAAGCGGGCGGCACGGCAGAGCGCAGACUGACUGUCGGCAAUCUCACUGAUCAUGUCAAGAACCAACUUGGCGGCGAGGCCUCACAUCGCCGGGAUAGACUGAGUCGGUGGAGUACGCAAUCGAAAGAACCGCUAAGUCUUGAUCCCGUGGACAAGCACGGGAUGAGAAUUCCCAUUGCCAGACUGGAGAAGCACGACAGCGCCGAGAGCUUUAAAUUCCUCGAGGACUCGGCUGGAUCCAGAGAGCCGUCAUUUCCAGCAUCUUUAGAGAGCUCUCGAUCUGGCGACUUUCGAAUGGUCGCUGAACGGCCAAGUCGGAGAAAGCCGCCGCCCACAUCUUACGCUCAAAUUGAUGUUCCGUCGACGGCCAACCAGUCUAUGUUCUUCGAAGGUUCGGGUACGCUGGGAUAUAGCGGCGUAGCAACGAUGGAGAGCUCCAUGCACCUCGACAUGUCUCCGAUGAAUGACGAGACGGAAGAUGUCCCAGCAGAGGAGCAGAAGACGGCUGGAUUUCCAUUCCUCAACGCCCCUGCGAUUGAUUUGCCCCCCUCGAGCUCUGCUCCUCCGGCAGCUCCAAUCCCCAUACGAAAGACACCGUUCAGCUCUUCGCGACUGGAAGAGAGUGUGUCGCCUACAAGCAACGGACUACGUCCGCCAAUCCCACAAGAAAUCCAGAGACCCCAUUCCAGUAUACCGUUCUCGUCCAUGGAGCACACUGAACUACAAACUCAAGUACACGAGCCGACUUUUACCGAGGCCGACAUUGAAAUCGAAGAAGGCCACGCCGUGUUCACUCUCAUAGAAAUGCUCCACAAGCUCCUCGAACACUACACAAUCAGCCAACCCUACCCACAAGUCGCCUCACACCUCGUCCUCCUUCUGGGACCACUCUUGCCACGCACGCACCCUCUCCCCACUCCCGAGAUCAAUCAGACCAUAACCCACUACGCCGACCACUUCCUCGCAUCCCUCAAUACCGAGCCCGACGCCCUCCCAGACCUGAUCCAAACCUCCUUCUCCCACACCCUCAAAUCCGGCCUUCAACCCUUACAAACAACACCGUGCACGUCAAAUGCGGACACUGCGGCAAACCUAUGA